AUGGCCGGCACACUGGAGCUAUCACUCGAGCGGAGGCCAUCGAAAUUCUACCCUCCGUCAUAUAUAUCCCACGCACACACACAAACAAAAACAGCCCAGCAGCCCGACGGCCCAACAGGCAGACAGGCAGACAGGCAGACGGGCAGACAGUGGGAGAGCCAGACAAGCCCACCAUGCCUGCGACGAUCUUGCUCUGGUCCUGCAGGGGCAGACGCAGAAGAAGUAAAGGGGAAGAAAAACAACCCGAACCGUCACUGUGGGAAAACGAACCAGGCAACCGAAGAGAAAAUCGAGUCGACUGAUGUCCAUUCCUGGAUACUAGUAGACUGGUCAGUGGCGGACAGGGAAGACGGGAAGGAAUAUAGUAAUAAUAGUAGAAGAAGAAAAGAAAGCAAUAAAGAGAUAAAAAUAACAAAGACGGGCCAUCGUUGGUUAGCUGCUCGGCGUGCUGAGAAGGGGAAGACACUGGCAGAUGCCAUAAAGAUAGACACAAGUAUCAUACACUUACAUGCAGUUACGCUGGUCCUCCUUCCAUCCUGCUGCUUGCUUUCCUAUGCUUCAUCUGCUUCAUAUGCUACCUCAGACCCAUGUCCGCAGUAG